AUGUUGUGGAAAAUAACCGAUAAUGUCAAGUAUGAAGAGGACUGCGAGGAUCGCCAGGACGGGAGCAGUAAUGGGAACCCGCGCCUCCCCCACCUCUCCUCGGCCGGGCAGCAUCUCUACAACCCCGCGCCGCCCCUCUCCCACACCGGAGUCGCCGAAUUCCAGCCACCGCCCUACUUCCCACCUCCCUACCAGCCGCUGGCGUAUUCCCAGUCCGCGGACCCCUACUCGCAUCUGGGAGAGGCGUACGCCGCCAUCAACCCUCUGCACCAGCCGGCGCCCGCAGGCAGCCAGCCGCAGGCCUGGCCGGGCCGCCAGAGCCAGGAGGCGGCUGGCCUGCCCUCGCACCACGGGCGCCCGGCCGGCCUGCUUCCCCACCUCGCCGGGCUGGACGGGGGCGCCAUGAGCGCCCGCAGGGACGGCUUCCGCCGCUCGGACCUGCUGUUGCCCCACGCGCACGCCCUGGACGCAGCGGGGCUGGCGGAGAACCUGGGACUUCACGACAUGGGGCAGCAGAUGGACGAGGUGCAGAUUGUGGAUGAGCAGCACCUGCUUCUGCACGAUCAGACUGUGAUCCGAAAAGGUCCCAUUUCAAUGACCAAGAACCCCUUGAGUCUCCCCUGUCCGAAGGAGCUGGUGGGGGGUGUGGUGAACCCCACUGAGGUCUUCUGCUCUGUCCCCGGAAGAUUGUCCCUCCUGAGCUCCACGUCGAAAUACAAAGUGACAGUGGCCGAAGUCCAGAGGCGACUGUCCCCGCCUGAGUGCUUGAAUGCCUCCUUACUGGGAGGCGUUCUCAGAAGAGCCAAGUCUAAAAAUGGAGGCCGGUCCUUGCGGGAGAGGUUGGACAAGAUCGGGCUGAAUCUUCCAGCCGGCAGACGGAAGGCUGCACACGUCACCCUCCUGACGUCUUUGGUAGAAGGGGAGGCUGUUCAUUUGGCUCGGGAUUUUGCGUAUGUCUGUGAAGCUGAGUUUCCUAGUAAACCGGUGGCCGAGUACUUAGUUAGACCUCAUCUCGGAGGACGGAAUGAGAUGGCAGCAAGGAAGAACAUGCUGCUGGCCGCACAGCAAGUGUGUAAAGAAUUCACCGACCUUCUCAACCAAGACCGAACACCCAACGGGAACAACCGGCCGCCCCAGGUCCUGGAGGCGAACAUUCAGAAUUGCCUGUCUCACUUCAGCCUGAUUACCCACGGGUUCGGCAGCCAGGCCAUCUGUGCCGCCGUGUCUGCUGUGCAGAACUACAUAAAAGAGGCUUUGGUCAUCGUAGAGAAGUCCUACAUGAACCCCGGAGAUCAGAGUCCAGCCGAUUCCAGCAAGACCUUGGAGAAGAUGGAGAAGCAUCGGAAAUGA